UUUCGAAAAGAUCGAAUCGAAAUUGAUUUUAUUUUUUUCAAAAUAUUAAUAAAAUUUAUAAUAAAUAUAAUAUUAAAUCUUGCUAGGUAAUAUUCUUUGCGUAAUGGCGGUAGAUAAAGUAAAACCUAGUGCUACAAUUGGGGCUAAAAAGUCUCGUUUAGAGAUGAAUGUUAGACAACUGUUGAACAAAUGUGAGUUGAUAGCAAAACAGGAGCCAGUGGAUGGGAACUGGAGGCUGAAGAAGUACGUUGAAUCCUUGAGUGAUAUGAUCACGGAGCUUAAAACGGGCCCUGAAAAGCCUCAUAAAGAUGUAAUGGCAGAGUACACAAAACGAUCAUCUUUCUUGAAAGGCCUACUUCAGACUGCUACUCUAAAUAGUCCUAUUGAAAAGCUAGAAGCAGUCCAGCAGCUUUCCCAUGGAGCAGCCACAGUGACCACUGAUGCUUCUGCUCAGGAAAUACACCAGAAGACAGUUGCUAAAUAUGGAGUGGAGCUCAGAUCUGAAUUAUUUGGAUUGGAUGACAGCGACGAUGCUCUUCGCAAAAGGAACAUCAUCAAGGCACCAAACUUCACAAGCAACAGCAGUAGCCAGGAGGACAUUGACUCUCUGCUCAAGUACCAUCAAAACAUGCAGGAGAAAGUUGCGGAGAACAUGGUCAUGCUUACCAAGAAUCUUAAAGAACAGUCGCAGAUAGCCAGUACUAUCAUCAGGAAUGAUACUGAGGCACUGAAGAAGUCCUCCGAUCUAACUGAUCGCAACCUGACAUCUCUGAAAGUGGAGUCGGAGCGGCUGGCAGUGCACAGCCGCAGCGCGUGGAAGUGCUGGCUGUGGAUCAUGCUGGCCGUCGUCAUGGUCAUCUUCAUCAAUAUGGUUCUUUUCAUGAAGGUAAUGAAGAAAAGAAAGUAGGAGAGCUAUUAGGUAGGUAAACUAUUGUUAAAUUAGCUUAUUUAUUCUAUCUGUUAGUAAUAUUUUUAUAUAUUUUGUAAAUUCCUUUACGAUAUAUUCCAUUUAUUUUAUAUUAUAAGUGCGUUUAUAAAACGGAACCUA